AUGUCGAAUAAUUCGUCUAGUGCUGAUCCUCAUAGUGUACAGGAUUAUAUUCUUCUUUUUCGUUUAAUUGUUUGGGGUUAUGUUGGAAUGGUUUUAAGUUUAUUUGGUAUUGUUGGUAAUAUUAUUACUAUACUUGUACUUAUAUCACGAUCAAUGCGAACAACAUCUACAAAUAUCUAUUUAACAGCUUUAUCUUGUUCAAAUAUACUCUUUCUUCUUAUAUUCGUCCCAUCCUAUUCCAUGAGAUAUCUAAUCGGUUAUCGAUUAUAUAUGACAGAUGCACCACCAUUUGCAUUUGAAAUACUUCUAACACGUUUACCAACAACACCUAUAUAUAAUACAAUUCUUCUAUCAAUUAUUUAUUUAACUAUUGCUGUAUCUAUGGAUCGUUUAAUCUUAGUUAAAUUUCCAUUGAAAGCAAAACAAAUCUUAACACCACGUACAACAUUAAUAGCAAUUUUCUUUAUUUAUCUAUUUUCAAUUAUUUAUUGUAUUCCAUAUUGGUUAGAACAAGAAUAUGUACCUGAAUUGAAACAAUGUCGUCUAACAGAUAUUGGUAAAAAAAUUUAUAAAUAUACUCGAAUAUAUAUUUAUAUACCUGUUGUUUAUUUAAUACCAUUUAUUACAUUAACAUUUAUAAAUGUUACAAUAAUAUUUCAAUUAAUUGCUACAAAACGUCGUAAAAAAAGUUUAGCUGCCAAAACAAAUAAAAAAAAACAAGCUGAUUAUCAUAUAACAUUAAUGCUUGUUGCAGUUAUUAUUGUUUUUGUUUUAUGUCAAAUACCAUUAUUAGUACUAAAUGCAUGGCAAGCUAUUGAUCCGCUUGGUUCAUCAGUAAAUUUAGUAUUUCAUUCAUUAAAUUCAAUUGGUAUAUUACUUAUGGUAUUUAAUACAUCAACAAAUUUUUUACUUUAUUGUUUUUUUGGAAAAAAAUUUCGUGAAACAUUAAUACAAUUUAUUUUAAAAAUAAUUCUCAAUCAAAAUAAACAAACAAACUUACACCCACGAAAUUCAAAAAUAUCCGAGAGAGAUGCACGAAGACCAACAUUACCAGUACAAAAUAAUACAUCAUCACCAAUAAAAUCUAAUAUAAAAAUUGAAACAAACAAAAUAAAUGAACGGGGCUGUUCGGAAAUCACGUGA